AUGCUGGUGGAUACGCUGUUUGAUAAACCGCUGACCCGGACCAUGCUGGAUGCCAUGCGCGACGCAGAACCCCAGGCAACCGCCGACUUCGAGUUUCUGGUGAACACACAUUCAAACGGCGACCACUGCAAUGGCAAUGAGCUGGUGGGUGCAGGGCAGAUCAUUGCUUCCCAGGCGUGUCUGGAGGAGUUGGCCAACGAGAGCCCGGCGGGCAUGCUGAAGUUACUGGAAGCGGCACCCAACAUGGGUGAUGUCGGAGCAUUUUUCACACAAUGUUUUGGCAAGUUUGACUUCCGCGAUAUUGAGCGAACCCUGCCCAACCAUACCUUUGAGGGAUCACUGGAUCUGACCGUGGGCGACAAGGCGGUUGAAUUGCGACAGGUAGGGCCUGCACAUACUCAUGGUGACGUACUGGUUCAUGUGCCCGCAGAUCGCACCGUAUUCACCGGCGACAUCCUGUUUAUCGAAGGCCAUCCCAUUCUCUGGGCAGGGCCGGUACAGAACUGGAUAGACGCCUGCGACUACAUGUGCGGCCUGGAUAUCGACACCGUGGUACCAGGGCACGGGCCCAUCACUGACAAACAGGGCAUCCAGGCGGUUCGAGGCUACCUGUCUUACAUCCACGAUGAAGCUAAGCAACGCUACGAUCAGGGCAUGGGCGUGUUGGAAGCCUGCCGGGACAUCAACUUCAGUGACUACGACAGUUGGGGAGAUGGCGAACGCAUCGCCGUUAACGUUUCCGUGUUGUACAAAGAAUUUGCAGGUGACAGCAGUGCCAAUGACGUCACUGCCCUGUUUGGUUUGAUGGCUCAGCUAAACAAAGAAAAGCGUCAUCAGCAUCAAACCCAGGAAGACCGCUGGUACCUGACCCAGGGCCAGCCAUUUGAACAAAGGCAUGUGGACAUGAUGUACGUGGCCCCGCAACGACAGAGUCCUGGCUUGGACCUACAACUCUCCCACCGCACUGCCCUCGUCACCGGCAGCCAUCGAGGCACUGGCGCGAUCAUCGCCCAGGCACUGCUGGCAGAAGGGGCAACGGUCCUGGUCCAUGGGCUGGAACCUGGUCAGGCUGAAGCCGCUGUCACCGAACUGGGUGGCGGCAUUGCCGUGACCGGUGACAUCACCACCGACGCGGGCACAGCAGCGUUGAUUGCAGCCAUCGCCGACUAUCCCGUAGACAUACUUGUGAACAACUAUGGCACUGCUGAGCCGGGUACGUGGCUGAAAAGCGACAGUGACGACUGGAUCAGUGCUUAUCAGAAAAACGUGCUGUCAGCUCAGCGCCUGAUCCGCCACUUUCUGCCCGCCAUGUCUGCCCGGGACUGGGGACGCAUCAUCAACCUGGGCACUGUUGGCUCUUCCAGGCCGAAUAGCCGCAUGCCGGGCUACUAUGCCGCCAAAGGGGCAUUGGCCAACAUGACCGUUGGCCUUGCAAAAGAAGUGGCGGGCACCGGCAUCCGUGUGAAUAUUGUCUCUCCAGGAUUGAUCCUCACACCUGAAGUGGAAGCCGCGUAUCUUGCCAAAGGUCGACGCGAAGGCUGGGGUGACACCUGGCAGGAAGUGGAACCCCAUGUUGCCAAAGACAUACCGAUUCGCAGAAUUGCACGCAGAGAAGAAAUCGCAGAAUAUCCGCAUCGACGGCGGUGCCGUGGAUAUCGUGACGUGAACGAGCUGACCCACCCAUGGCUACGCAUCGGUGGUGUCGCUCUGGCAGCCGCCAUUGUGUUCCUCCUCAACAUAGAUGACCCACGGCCUCUGCAUCAGCUCUGGUUGCCACUGUGUCUCGCCGGCGCCGCUUAUCUGAUUACACAAUCUGCAAUGGCGGUGGCUAUUGCUGCAUUUGCGUUAGCGGCGGCGCAUAGCGACCCCAACGCGGCCUCCUGGAUUCCAUCCAGAGCUUACCCGGCAGUUGCGCUGAUCAGCCUGAUCAUCAUGUUCGGUAUCGCCUGGAAUCGUUUUCGACUGCAUAUUGCGGCGACCCACGAAGCGCGCUGGGCUGCCCGACAAACCGUGAACGCCGCAAACAUCAGCGGCAUAUUGUUCGAUUUUGAUGGCACCCUGGCACCCAACCUGGACCUGGCCAGACUGCGCGGCGAGGUGGUGAGUUUUACCGCAGAUACGUCUGUACCUGCCGAGGUUUAUGACGGUCGAUAUAUCGUCGAGAUUAUUGAUGCAGCCCACGGCUGGCUGAAGGUAAAUGAACCCGAUGCUGCAGAGCGUUAUCAACAGGCUGCACACCAGCUGAUUACAGAUUUCGAAGUGCACGCCGCGCGAUCCACGACACCUUUUCCAGGCGCACCUGAGUUGUUGGCACACCUGCGCAGCAAUAACCUGAAACUGGGCGUUGUCACGCGUAACUGCCGCGCUGCGGUGCUCGAAGUCUUCCCUGAUCUAUUGAACUAUAUUGAUGCUUUGCAUGCCCGCGAAGAUGUACCUUACCUGAAGCCCGAUACGCGCCAUCUGGACAGCUGCCUUGCACAGAUCGGCGCAACGUCUAACGACAGUAUUAUGGUAGGAGACGGUGCUUUGGACAUGCGCGCCGGGCGCGCUCUGGACAUGAUAUGUAUCGGCGUACUCAGUGGCAGCAAUGACGCGGCCGCCCUGCAGGCGGCAGGCGCAGACCAUGUUUUACCUGAUGCGCUACACCUGCCUGCCUAUCUGGCUCAGUCGGCCUGA